UGACAGCAAGCGAUCGUCAUUCGACACGGACACAGAGUGACACACAAGGCAAAACAAAAACAAGCGCGUGUGACAAAAACAGCGUUCGCCACGAUCCCCUGCAGCAUUGCUUUGGGAUGAGAAUGAUAGUCCAUGACCUCCAGCGCAACGGGAGCACUACUAGCAGCGGCCCUGCAUUCAAGCAUCCACCACACAUAACGACGGCUAUUUCGAACGGACACCCUGGGGAAUGAGCCACGAGAAAACUGGAAUCUGAUCCAUAAAUCACCAAAUCCGAAGGAAAGAGAAAACAUACCGGCACGAGUUAAGGGUGGAAAAUAAAUAAUGCUACAAAAAACGGUGAAAUAAAAGAACAAACGACAAACGGUACAAGAGCAAACGAGCAAAGAGAGAAAAGAGAAUCGGGAAUCAAGAUAAGCUUCACGAAAGAGGAGCAUGGGUAAAGGUGAAACCCGAACGAGCUAUGAACAGUAGAACGAAAAACGAAAAAACGGAAUUGAUAGUAAUUAGACGCGAUUUCGACGAUCAUCGAGCUUCAAGUUUAAGGAAGGGAAAAAUAUUUCCUUACCAAAACAUCACCCGAAGGCACCGGACAUCCGGAGCGUAAUUGUGUUUAGCAAUUGUGUAAAGGGAUAAGUGCAGUGUGUGUUUUAUCGUACGUGAGGUGUUUAAACACCUGUACAGUGCGUGCUGGAGAGUGUUUGUCGAUUGACAGCAAUAAUUAAAAUAUCCAUACGACCAGAUCGUGUGUGCGAGUGAAUAAUUGUGUAUAUAACUGUGACGCGAGAGUGCUGGAAAACCUAUCAAAGAUCUUACUACUGCCCAUCCACUUAUUCGUAUUGAACAUCGUUAUUGUAUAAAGCUGGCUGGAACUCUCUGUCUACUGAAAUUUUAUUCAAGAGAUACACCUGCGGCAGUAACUAUUGAGAUUGUCCAAUCAAGUCAUGCGCCAGUGGCUGCAGUUAGGGCGGGAAAUUUGAACCAACUAUAAAAACGAGGAAUCGAACGAACAUAACGACUUUAACGUUAUCAAUGAAACAUAAAACGAUAACCCUGACCAGGAGGAAGAUGGAGUUAUGCUGUUGGUGUCUGCUGCUAGCAGUUUUAGCAACGGACGCAUUACCAAUCACUUCAAAACCUCUGGACAACAAUCCGGACCAUCUGACGUGGGAGGCUGCAUGGCUAUCCGAGGACAACCGAGCAUCGAUGCCUCUCGGAGGAAAGUCCAAAAAAAUCACUCCCAAAUCGAUCUUUAUCACACCGUUCCUCAACAGUUACAACACGUCUUCGUGCCCACCAGAUUACAAGGUGGACUACAACGGCAAAUGUAUUCAGGUGGUGAGCAUCAACACGGCGGACAUCCUGGUGACGAAGCUUCAAAGUCUUUUCUCACAGCAUGGGGACGGUGGCAACAACGGUGGAGGUACUGGAGAAGAUGACUACGAUUAUGAUUAUGAUUCUACGGGACCGUUCCACGUUAAUCUUCCACUCAGCAUUGAUUUACCGCCGGAACCACCACAACCACCCAUCGGUCAAGCAACAUCCAACCUGACAUACCAAGAUAUCCCCCAACCAAGUUUCUACGAUAGUGCCAUGGUAGAGAUUGCAACAGUUGAUCAGGAUAAAGCAAAAAUAACAACCGUAUCGGUUAGUGAUCCAGAAAACCCAUCCUCCUCCGUAAAGCCCUUUCUUGCCACGUCCACCCCCAGUACACCAGAACCGGCACAGGUGGACCAUAGACUCGCCGACAGUACGCACUCCAACAUUUCCUUUCUCGCGUUUGAAACCCUUCCCAACGGAACACUGGUUGGUCAGGUCGAACUGGAAGGAAAAAAUAGUACGAUGGUGCAGAGUAUUUUUGUUUCAUCCACUACAACUGCUAUACCGAUGGCCGACAGUGGCAGCACAGCGGAGUCUACAGUCAUUGAGCUCGCUAGUAACACCGGUACAACAACUAAUCGUGAUGCUGAUACAACUUUUGCGGAUGGUGAUGCAGUAACGAGCACAGUGCUAUUCACACAGGAUAUGUUAACGACUACGACAGUGCAAGGUGACGGUAUUGGAAACAACCACACAGAAAAGGAAGAAGAUGAUUCAAUAAUCACUACUACAGACGUCAGUAGUAUGAAUGCGACGACUACUACCGAACAGAAUGAAUUGGACUUGGAGCGGAUGAAUCUGGAGAUGGAAGAGGAGUUAUUGUUAGUAGACAGUCAUCGUAGUUCACCAAGUCCAUCAGCUCUAUCCACUACGAACGUUUUUGAGAUAGAACCGAACAUACUUCCAACAGUUGAAAUGGUUCCAAGCGACGAACCAAAAAUCGUCAGCAAAGAUCCGGAACCUGUUACAGUGAGCACAACAUUCCCUCCUCCUAUACAUGCAUAUGUGGCAAUACCUACAAAUCCUUCAGUUCAGAUCAUUACACCGAUCAAGGGUAAUUGGGAUCUGGGAAUCAAAAGUGGAUCAGCACACCCGAUUGCUGCUAGCCAUCCUAUUCUACACGAUCGUACAACACGUGCCACACCGGAAACAACCACACUAGCGAUUAAUGUGGAGAGAUCGACCCAGAAACCGACCGACCAGACGGUACAACAAGACUCUCUGGAUGAUAGGGAAAACAAUGAAGGAGUUGGCCGUCAGGAGGCUCAGCAUGCAAUGCGUGGAGUAAGCGGGGCUAGUAAUAGUGUUGUGCAUUAUCAUUUUCCUGUAUCAACGCUCGCUUCUACUAAUGAGCUGAGUGUAUCCUCCCUCGAAUUUGAAAUCACAACUGCCAAUAGCAUUCUGCAGGUUCUGCCAAUCGCCUCAACUCCGCCUGGUAGUAAUAAUAAGAAUUAUCUAGAGCAGUUACGUAAAAUAAAUGAAAUCGUAGCUGAAAAGCGACGUCACCAGCAGCUACAAGAGCAUCAUUUCGGUGCAGGUUCUUCUAGUACGCGCAUACGAUUCCCAUCGCAAGAUGAAGAACAAAUGUCUAGUGCCGCGAGUAACAAUUUUCCACAAAAAGCAAGCGGUGUUCGUUUUCCCGGUACGGCUACAAACCGUUUUACACCAUCUAGCAGCAUUCGUCUUCCGGAUAUCUUCCCCAAGAAGUCACCGGACACUACGACGCAACGUCCCGCCUUCUGGUGGCUCCCAUCUGGGUGGGAGGUUGACCAAACUGGCAACAAACCGAUGUUACUGCGUUUUUGGUCCCGAAUGCCACUAGUACGGGACAGCGCACUGCAGUCAACAUCGUCUUCAAACACGGGAAAUGUCAACCACGAUCCUAUUGAUACUUCUACUGAAACUAGCAACAAUCGAUGGCGUUCGGCAACAGGCUUUUAUCAGCAACAGCAGGCAACAGGUACAUCACACCCGCUAGCAACAGCGCGAGGCAACUCGAAGAGUCCAACCGAAAAUUUUUACAAGGAGGUUUCCGCUCAGGAGGUUUAUAAGGUGAUGAACGCACGACAGUUGAACCACAAUCAUCAGAGAUAAGUCAGUAAGUUUUCUCUUUUGUCUCCAAACUCCACAAAUCCCCAAAAGCCUUUUUCUUUGCCAGUGCGUCAAACGUCCUCAGGCUUGGGGACGCAGCACGCACGGGGAAAGGAACAAGGCAACCUUUACCAAAGUCCAUACCAGCAGGCUUCGCAAGUCCAGCUUUAAGUAUUACGUAAUAUGUCCAUGUCUAUCAGGCGCUACUCCCACGGGAUGCUAAAAGAUUUUCAGUGUAAGUUAGGGCACGUGUGCGUAUGUGUGUCUGUACAGGUUGGAAAUGAGAUCAGAUUGUCGUUGUUGUUCAGGUUUGCCGUUGCUGCAAUGAGGUUAAGGGAAGAUAGUAAUCUAACCAUUACGACGUGUAAUUUUCCCGUCUCAUUUGAUCUUUCAGCACCACUCUGCUAACAGAUCGUCCUCCAUAGCUUCCUACAUGACAAAUCAGACAAUCUGUGAUAUUGCGUUGCAAAGUUGCUGUCUUAUCUAACGUAAGAACUUGUGGUAAACUUUUUGCA